GCUUGUCACUGAUGACUGCUGAACAUUGAAGUCGCAGACUAAGAAUCCCAAUAUUUAAUGUUUAUAAACAUUAUGUAUGAUGUACUCUGCAGCUUGAGUGUAACUUCAUUAUAAAGGAAUCACUAAAUAUUUAAAGGUAACAAGAUGGACAUCAAAGAUGUAAAAUGUAAGUUUGAAUCAAAUGACCUAGACUACGCAUUUGAAGGUAUCAUAAUUAAAUCUGAGCCUCCUGAGUACGCUACAGUUGAUGAAGCCAAGUGCGAAGAAGACAAUAAGUUACAAACUCUCUCUAGUAAAGUGAGCGACGAUACAUCUAUAUUUAAAUUACCUCCAAUACCUAAAAAAAAGAACUGGUGUGAUCUCUGUAAAAAAGAAUACAAAAAUCGCGACAGUCUGAAAAGACACAUAAGGAGACACAUUGCAAAGCAAAAGGCUGCAAGCGAAAAUAUUGUAGGCAAACAUAUUGUAGGUAACAAAAUUGGGGGGAAACUUUUCUGCUGCAACGUUUGCAAUAAUGGUUUUGAAACAGAAGUCGAGCUUGAUAUGCAUAUAAAAGGGCACUCAAGAUACACGCCUUUCGAGUGCGAUUACUGUAGAAAAAAAUUCACAAACCGUCAGAGCAUGAAAUUGCACAUAAUUGCUCAUAUGGCAGGUGGUGGGCCUUACAAGUGCGAGGUUUGUGCAAAAGCUUUUGUCAGGUCCUACAGUUUAAAGAUACAUCUGCGAUUUCACUCAGAAGAUAAACCCUAUGAAUGUAAUAUUUGCAAGCAGGGCUUUAUAAGAAAAAAUGACCAUCAUGCACACAUGUUAAUUCACGAAAACAAAAAACCUUUUGUUUGUGAUAUUUGCAACAAGGCUUUUCUAAGGAUGUCUUACCUAAAUAAUCAUAAAAAGAUACAUUUAGUAGACAAACCCCAUGCUUGUAAAGUAUGUGGUAAACGAUUCAUUAGGAUACAUGAUCUCACUAUUCAUAUGCGGUACCAUACUGGCGAAAAGCGCUUCGAGUGUGAUAUUUGCAACAAAAAUUUCAAGAAAUAUCAAACAAUGAAAGUGCACAUAUACUCUCAUAUGGGAUUUGACCAAAGGCACAAAUGUCCAAUUUGUCCAAAAGAAUUUUCAAGGUCCAACUAUUUAAAAGAGCAUUUACAAGGACACUCGGGAAACAGACCAUACGAGUGCGAAUUUUGCAAGAAGACUUUUGUCAAAAGGUACAGUUUAAAUUCACAUGUGCUUAUCCAUCAAAAGACAAAAGAUUUCAUUUGUGAGAUUUGCAACAAAGGUUUUACAAAGUCGUAUUAUCUAAAGUCUCAUAAAAGAGUGCAUGGGGGGCAACAGAUCGAGAAGCCUUUCCAAUGUGAAUUGUGUAAAAAAGCAUUUACUUGUGCAAGUAAGCUAAAGACUCAUAUCCGUAGUCACACUGGGGAAAAACCCUACGAGUGCGCUCUAUGUAAAAAAAGAUUCAAGUACUGUCAUAGUUUUAAGUCGCACCAAAGGUCACAUGAAAAUCCUACAACAUCUCCAAAUGUCGAGAGAAAUUGCGAAGAUGCAAUGUUUCGCACGGUUUAUUUGAACAGUAAUAAUGGUGGGAAGGAAGGCGAUCCGAGUGUAGUUGAAAUUGUACCAAUCACUGUCCGGAACAUCGAUCUUAGGAAUGCAGUACAAACAAACGAGGACAGUACUAUGCAGGUUCAAGAGGAGUCAAGUCUUGAAAAAGCGACUGACUCUGGAAACAAUCUUAGUAAUAAAGUGCAAAAAAAAGAGCAGGUUGAAGAAAAGAAGAGUCUUGAAAAAGCGACUGAUUCUGGAAACUCGAGUAUAAUUUCUGUGAAAACCGAACCUAGUGAGAGAAUAGAUGCACCUUUCGAAAUAGAAGUUGAAGAUGUAAAGGUAGAAAUUGAUGAAAUGGAAAAUGAAUUUGAGGAAAGUAAGAGUUAAAGAAUCUAAGUGAAUUGUGUGUUAUGUAAUGGUAAGAUCCAAAUUAGUUAGACAAUUAAAAAUCAAUUCUAACAUCAGAAAAAUUCUUAAGUUGCACGUAAAAUUUUUCGAUGCUUUAAAUUUUAUUUAUUUUCCUCAGGUACAG